GAUAGAGAGAGGAGUUAUGAUAGACCAAGAAAGCGUCUGAUUCGUCCAACUGCGUCAGCCGAGUUUGUAUCGUCAUCGGCGUAUAAAAUUAAAAGGAACUUUUCAGAUAGAGUUUGUAAGUCAUAGUUAGGUAUUGGGUGAUUCUGUUUCGGUAUUGCAAGGUUGUUUUCACUAACGUAAUAUAAAUUAUUUUGAGUGCGCGCGUAUUUAACAAUAGACCCAAAUGUUGAGUGAAAAUCAAACCCUAGCCAUGAAUAGUUACAUAGAAAAUAUAUCUACAAACUUAGAAAACAGCAGGAAUUGUCUGCGCCGCAUUGCGAGACAUGAUGACACAGAAUGUUCCAACCAAAGCAUCCUGACCGUAAUGGAGAAAUUCGUCAAAACAGUCAACAAAAUGGACGAAACAAUACUAGUGCCUUGUCGGCUAAUGGAUCUUAAAGUCGGCGACGAGCAAGAUCCAGCUUGUCAAAACCCAAAAACAAAGUCAUCCCAUUCCGUACACCAAAAUCUCAGCUCUACCGACCUCUUCGAAAUCUAUAACAUGCUUAACGGGGUGAAAGAUUCAUUACUGUGGGGCGGCGAAGGCCAGGAGACCCCCAAGGCUGCAGUACCAGCUGCCACUCCUACAGUAAUGACGAAAGGCCACAAUCGGAGACCAUCUUCAGUGAGUGUGACUUCUACAAAUUCAUCGUCGACUCUGAGCGAUACAGACUCCGAGUCUGGCAGCAACGAGAUUGAUUCUGGAAUUGAUGAAACUUCUCAAGAAGAGGGUAAAUCUGAACGGAUCGCUCUGGACUUCAAAAGACAUUUGCAUGGUCUCACCAAUUCAUUACGUCACAUGACAGAAGCUGCACAAUACCUCACCUGGCGUUAUCAGUACGACAUUGGUGGCCCAGUUUAACCUACUACUAACUUUAGGGCAAUGAACUGAAAUUUUAUAUUAAGUAUAAUUAAUUUUUUGGAUACAGGGCGACUCUUUUCUGACUGGAUCCUCUCCAGAGGGUAUUUGAUACAAAUUCGGUAAUUCGAGCGUACUUUUUUAUUAACACUGUAUACUGCCGGUUGUUUGAAUUAAAAAUACUUGUUAUGCAUAGAAUUACUAAAUUUGUUAUUACUAAAUGGUUAUUACAAAAAUAAGCCAUUAAUAAAUAGUGGAAAUAGAGUCCAAUGUUUGAACCUUGAUGAACACCUGAAGGAACUUCAGUAAAACAGAAGAAAAAUAAACUUGGAUUUAUCAAUUAGAAUUUCGUGAUCCACUAUCAGAGUCAUGUGUAACAUUACGUCUAUUUGUCCACUAUUUUUCUGAGUUAUAUCAAGUAAAUAAUGAUAAAAUAUAAUGUUCAAAUAUGUAUUCUCUGGUGAACUAUUUAAAGUUCUUUCUAGUAUAAAUAUGUUUCUACUAGGUGCCUUAUCCGAAUCUUACUAUAUUUUUUUCCCUGGUUAAAUUGCAAUCUGUCUUAACAAAAGAUUGCCAUGUUGCUGAGAAAUAAGGUAUUAAUCCUAGCAAUGCAUUUUUUAAGAACUAAAAAAAAUUGUGUAGGUAUUUGUUACCUAAACCAAACUAUACAAUUUUUGUGCCAAAAUGUUUCAAGUUUUCUUUGACCUUCAACCGUUUGUCAGUAUUGAAAUUAUAUUUAAUAAAUUUUACAACUAUUUAUAAUCAUAUGAAAACUUAAAACAGCAUUUCCAACAGCAACUGAUUAAAAUUAAAUAUAUAUUUUUUAAAUCGUUUGUUUAUAAAUUUAAAUAUGCUUUAAAAGCCACACCAAAUCACUGCUAAUAUCAAAUGAUUAAAAUGAAAGACUGGUAAAUAAUAUUAAACAGUAAAGUAGUAUACAGUGUUAAAUAGUUAGAAUUGUUUCGUACUAGACAGGCUUUUCUACUGUCCAUGUUAUUUAUAUAGGGUGAAUCUUAAGUUAAUACUUUUUUAAUUGGGUAUAAAAGUCAUUAAAAAACUGUUUUGAAAAAAAUCAAAAAUUAGAAACUUACAAUUAUUUAUUCCAAAAUGUAUCCAAUACGGUUCUGUCUAGUUUACAUUAAGAACCAUUCACAAAACUUAACUGAAUCUUCAACUUGCAGUGCUUGAAACAUAUUGAACGUGAAAGGGACACAGUUGAUUUUCCCGCAAUGUUGUCAACACUUUUCUUUGACUCUGACUUAUUCCAUCUGAUCUGUAGUGACCAGCUAUAACAUUUAAAAUGUGUCUAAACGCACUUUUCUACUUUCCAUAAAUAUUGAACAUCUAUUCAUUAGAUACUUUAGGUAAAUAAUUGAAAUCAGAUGACACAUGAUUGAGUUACAAUAUCCAGUACAGAGUAAAUCAUCAUUUAUGCAUAAAAAAAUCUGAAAGAAAGGAUAAAACAAACAGCUCAACAUUUAUUACUGGUCGGCUCAGAUUUAGAUUAUUUUGUAUAUUUCUUAUUUUUGAUGUUAAUCACUUCUAUACACAGUUAAAAAACUAUUAACUUAGCAUUCGCCCUGUAUAUUUCGGUACCAUAGUCUUGCAAAUCGGGAAAUUAACUCCAAAACUGCUAUAAUAAUGAAGCAUCAUUUGUUUAUCAUUUUAUUAUCUCUAUUUUGAAUUUGAUAUGAUUUAGCUAAUUUAUGAAUACAGCAUUGAUUUGCAAGUUAUGGUUUUAUAUCUUUUAUUGAACCUCUAGAGCAUUUAUAAAGAGAAACAAUUAUAUAUUAUUUUAAUUAUUCUCGAAUCCUUAAAUUGAUUAAAAACAGGUUUUUUAAUGAAAGAAAUUAUUUAUUGUUGCAUGUCUACCAAAUGUUAAUUUAAAAACUGUAUUAUAGUUAGUUUUUUUUUUGUUAUAAAUAAUUUGUGUCAAAUAUAAAACAGAAAGUGCGAUAACUCUCUGUAUAAUUUGGAAAAGUGAUACCUAUUUAUAUACUAGAUUAUCUAUUUUUGCUCAUAAAAGUAUGAAUCUAUUUAUUUUUAAAAUGUUUAGUAUUAUUGUUUAUUUUACCUCUGUAUUGUUUUAAUUUAUAAAAAAAAUAUUAUUGAGGUUUAUAUGCGUUUUUAUAUUUUCCUUUCAAAGAGUGUGUAAAUGAGGUAGUGCAUUCAAUGCAACUAAUGACCUGUUAUAUACGAGGCAGGGGCACCGA